GGGGAGCCUUCUUCUAACCGUGACCUGGUUGAUUUCUCAUCGGUCUUUGCCCCCUCAGAUCAGUACCGCCGGCUACUCCUUUUAGUUUCGUUCUCCGGUCACAUCUCGACCCCAAUUCAACCCUAUAUUUUCACUAUCUAAACCCUAACCCUAAUUUAACAAGCCGCCCUUUUGAUCUCCGUCCCGAAACAUUAUUUUGAAGCAGUCAACUAAAAGAUGGAGGAGCUCUUCGUCGCAAUUCUUUCUAUGAUUCUCAUUGUGGCGUUGAUUCCGCUGUAUCUAUGGAGACGUCGUCAGGCCUCUCAAUCACCAGAUCGUAUUGAAGAGGAUGUUCAGCAGGCUCGGCAGAGGGAAACUGUGGUGCGUGCGACUGGCGCUCGUAGGAUGCGGAGGAGGCCUGCUGCUGCUGCCACUGCCAGCACCUCUUCAGCCCCAGAAAAUAUUGACGAUAGUGAUGAUGAAGCUGUUGAAGAAGAGUAUUAUGCUGCUAAAGCAUCAAGGAAAAAGGAAAAGAAACGGCAAGAACGGGAAGCACAAAGACAGGCUCAAGAGGCUGCAAGGGAGUCAAGGCAUACAAAACAAGAUCGUUAUGCUGAAAUGCGAAGGAGGAAAGAUGAAGAGCGUGAAGCACUAGAACAUCAGCUGGAAGAAGAAGCCAUGGCACGAAAGGCCAAGGAGGAAGAGGCUGCUGCUUUAGAAUUUGAAAAGUGGAAAGGGGAAUUUUCUGUUGAUGCUGAAGGCACAACUGUAAAUGAAAUCCAAGAUGGAAGCCAGAACUUGCUUUCUGAUUUUGUAGAAUACAUUAAGGAGCACAAAUACAUUCCAUUGGAAGAUCUUGCUGCGGAAUUCAAGCUCAGAACACAGGAUUGUAUCAAUCGAAUCACCUUGUUGGAAGAUGCUGGGCGGCUAUCCGGUGUCAUGGAUGAUAGAGGAAAAUACAUAUACAUCUCACUGGAAGAAAUGAAAGCUGUUGCUGAUUAUAUCAAGCGUGAAGGGAGGGUUAGCAUAUCGCACUUAGCUAGCAAGUCCAACCAGUUCAUAGAUUUGGAACCAAAGACCCAGUUUGUUGAGGAAAUGGGCAGCCUGGAGGAGAUCACUGCUGCUUAAUUCUAUGUAUGUUUGGACCCGUGGCUGAAGUUGAAUGAAAGAAACAUCGACUCUUUCACUGACAUGGUUUUGACGGGUCUAAUGUUUCCGACAAAUUUACUUUUAGUUCCAAUCAUAUCUACUGACCUUUCCUGUAUAGACGUCAUACUGAAACUCUCUGUAAACUGAUACUUUUUUGUUUAUAAGAAGAAAUUCAAAUCCAGUUAUUUUGUGGUCAA